AUGAAACUUGAAUCAGUAGAGGACUGUACAGAUAAAUUCAUAAGAUGCUAUAGUCUCGAUGAAGAUUCACCAAAAGUGAUUCUCUUUACAAAUGAUCAAGUUGACGAUAUUGUAAACUUCUGUUGUAAUGAUGUUGAUGGCCACAAAUCAUUGCUCUAUGUAGACAUCACAUUUCAACUUGGUCCAUUUUUCGUCAUGAGGCUUACAUACAAGAAUACCACCUUAUAUACCAAACGAGAUCCGGCAACAUGCCCACUUAUGGUGGGACCGAUGAUGCUGGGCAUGCUUAAAGAUAAAAGUACUUAUCUUACCCUUUUCCAGAAGCUUACUGCUCAAGUGCCCGGUCUUAAAUUGUACCUACAAGGUUAUUCUUCUGAUUCUGAAAGUGCACUAAGACAGGCUCUAGCACAAGAGUUUGAAAAAUCACUUUCUUUUCUUUGCAAGUUACACGCUCAGAAAAACAUUGAAGAAAAAUGCAGGAAGUUGCGUUUUUCGAAAUCUCUAACUGAUAUCAUCAUCAAUGAUAUUUUUGGGAGUGGUGGUUUGGUUAUGGCUGACUCGGUAGAAGAUUACAGAGAUCACCUUGAUGCUUUAACUAGCAAAUGGGAUUAUCUGGAGUUUAAAGAUACCAAGAAGACACCUAGUUUUUCGACGUAUUUUCGCCAGUACAAGUCUUCUGAUAUUCUGAAUCACGUCUCAGCAAAAGCAUCAAGAGCUGCGGGCUUUGGGGACAGUGUACAAACUAAUAAUGUUCCAGAAUCGGCCAACGCUUUGCUAAAAAGGUGGCAAGGUUUCAGUUCAAAAGAUAUGAGUACCUUCAUUGAUGAUGUGAAAGAGCUCAUUGAUAAACAGAAAAGUGAUGUGAGAAGAGCAUUCCUUGGUUUAGAGAGCCCGUACGUCGUACGUCCAGAGUACCAGAGAUAUGAGAAGUCGCCAUCUGAAUUUUUCGAGGAUAGCCCUGGUAAGCGUAAAUUCAGUGAGAGAGCUCUGGUCGAUCCAACGAAGUCUAUCAGUACCGACAUGCCCCACCAGUGGCACACAUUCAACGUACAAAUGAUGGCGUACACAAGACAGACGGUGCUGGGAACAACGGCCCAAAAAGAGUGCUUAUACUUGAUGACGAGGACGAGCUUGAAAACGUUGACGUCCAUCCUGGUUCGUCCACUAACAGCCAUUCCCUUUGUUUUGUUGAUGAAGAUAGUGGUAAGUACUGCACAGUCCGACGGUGAUAUAAAGCAUAACAUACAAAACUUAAUAUUAUCAGUGAAGUAAGAUAAUCACAAUGGUGAUCGGCUAAACUGUUAUACUGAAAAAGAAUAUCUUAAAGUGAGAAGGCCUUAAGAAACGAGGUUUCGUCAGUUUCGAAUGAAAUAGUCGGGUGUUUUAGUAUGAAUUAAGAUGCUUUUUAAGCAUUUACAUAUACUUUAUUAUUAUUUAUUUAUUAUAAUUAUUAUCCGUUAGUACGCUGUUGUAAAUAUUAAUGUUGUUAUGUUUUAUUAUAGCUGAUCCCAGUACUUCCAGAUCUGCGUGCAGUAGCGAAUUUUGUGAUCUGAGAACUAUUUGCAGUAAAGAACUAGGAAGCAUGUUCUCAGCUAAAGAUCUGAAUGCUCUAUCAAGCAAAGCUGAGCAAUUAAUAGAAGAUAAUUCAAUCCGCAAAGGAUUUGAAAGUCAGAGCUUUCUUGUUAGAUCCUCGUUGUCAUGUACUCCUCAUUACGUGAAGCAUUUGGCCAGUGGCAAGUACAUUUGCGACAAAGCUUGUAUUGGUUUCAAUACAAGAAAGAUUUGUUCUCAUGUAAUUUCAGUAGCCCACAGCGAAAAUAAGUUGACAAGUUUUCUUCAAGUCUACAAGAAAGAGAACAAAAAGCAUGGGUUAAAUUUGACCACUGUUAGAAACGUAAAACAUCCCCAGAUCCAGUUAGCUCUAUGAACAGGAAUGAAACAAAUCAACAACCUGGACCAAAACCAGGGACGGUUGGCGAGCUUUUCCAUUACCAAGCUGAACCAUCAAAUGAUCCCCUUAAAAUUACAAUCAGACGGUCUAGACCAGACAAGCCAGCUGUGGCACCGAUAAUGUCUACUCCGUUUCAGCUAAUUGACAUAACGGGCAGGAUAAGGAAGUGUGCAGGCUGCCGAAAAGACCUAAAAGAAGGGCCUGAUGAUUUUUCUCGUCACGACAUGGACAAAAAGCUUUGUAUUAGACACAAGGAGCACGAUUUUGUAUUUAUUACUUCUUAUCACCAUUGGAAGAAAACAUUCGAAAACAAACAUUAUCACGUUUUUCUUAACUGCGUUAAAGGCCGCAACCCAGCGUUUGAUAGCUGCAGUGUUCAGAUUGCUCUUAAUCAUACCCUUAGUGGUGACGAAAUCGCUUUUUUGAAAGAGAGAAUGGAAGCAUAG